AUGAGUGUCUGUGUAAUCUCUACAUGCAUAACCACAUGUAGUCUGCCGAACGAACUCCCUUUUGAAAGGGUGCACUGCCCCAAUAAAGCCUACAUUCAUGAAUUAUCCUCAACUUUCAUAACAAUCACUGUCCUCCUCUCCCCAGCCAAACUCAAAUUUCUCACAUCAACAAACCUUGAUUUCUUAAACAAUCCCACAAUCUCCUUCACUUCAUUCCCCCCACACUCGUCUACAGUCAAAGCAAACCCCACCGCUCCUCACCGUCCUCUCCAUCUGCCCCACGAAUCGGCCUGGGAAAAGGGCCCGAUCCAGGUACAGCCCGAGCCCGAGAUCAAACACCCCAUCAAAGAAUGGCAGGUUGUGGGGAUCCGCCCGGGUCACCAGAGGCGGCGAGCCCACCAGCUCCACUCCGGUGACUUCCUCCACCCCCAAUUCCUGCAGGGCCCGCACGGCGUGGCCCGGCCCGGCGGAGACGACAAGGGCCCGGGAGUCGUUCGAGAAGUGGUUUCGGGCCUGGAGGGCCGUCAGGAGGGAGGAAUAGGAGGCGACGGCGCUUUUCCAGGCGUUGGUGGACCAGAGACGGCGGUUGCGCUUGUCGACGGAGGUGUAGCGGCGGUGGGUGAGGUCGCAGGUGGAUUUGGGGAAACGGGUGUGGGGUUUCGGGUUCGGGUCGGACGGGUCGACGCAAGUUUUUCUUUGCAAAAGUAUAAAUAUCAAAUUCAGGAUAAAGUGUUGGCUACCGUGACGACAACAACGGCGGUUAUAAUUGCAGCAACGGUUGUGACGGUUGAAUAUAAUUCUCACAUUAGCUUCACACCCAGAUUUUCCAUUGACUAUGACUCAAAUUAG